AUGACGAGAGAAGCAGGACCAGAAGUCACUCCAGGCACAGGAGAGGGAGAUCAAAGACGCCGUCCAAAUCACAGCUAUGCUUUUACCAUAGCAGACUCUCCUGAAGCCGGAAAACUAAAGUCACCAUCAACACCAGGAGCAAGUAAUGAUGGUGAUAUUAAUUCUGUCUGUCCAGAGCUCCGACUAUGUGUGACAGACAGAAAAACACGGAUAAAUUUUCUUAUAGACUCUGGCUCCGUUCUCUCGAUUCUUCCAGCUAGCAAGUUUGCAACCGGUCGUGCCAAGGAAGAGCAUGUUCUGUAUGCAGCCAAUUCCAGCCGAAUAUCCACCUAUGGAAAGCGGACUCUCGAGCUGGACCUUUCGCUGCGCAGACCAUUCACAGUAGCAGAUGUGGCAACAGCCAUAAUCGGUGCAGACUUGCUAAGCUACUACAAUCUACUAAUAGACCUGAAAGGCAAAAGACUAAUUGAUUCAACGACAGGCUUAGCCUCUGAUGGCAAAGUGCUGAAGACCCAGAACAUUAACAUUUCCACAAUUAACCCACACCAACCUUUCAGGAGCUUACUAAACAAAUAUAUAACAAUCACUAGAACGCCACAGAGACUAACAAUUAAACCAUCUCCUUUCGCACACAGGAUUACCACAACAGGUCCACCAGUUGCUGCCCGGUUCAGGAAGAUUUUUGGCGAAAAAGCAUCAGCUGCAAAAGCCGAGAUACAAAAUCUCCUGAACAGUGGCAUUUUGAGACCUUCAAGCAGUCCGUGGGCAAGUCCAAUACAUAUGGUAUAA